AUGAAUUUUGAAUCGUUGGCCAACGAGUUAUUACUUGAUAUAUUUGAUUAUUACUAUGUCAUUGAUCUUCUCCGUACCUUUUUUGGUCUCAAUAUUCGUAUUAACAAUCUCAUUGGCAAGUAUUUUCAAUCUCGUGUUAUGGAUUUUCGAUCGAUGUCUAAACAUGAUUUUGAUAUAAUCUGUCGAGAUUAUUUGCCAUCGUUUUUUGAUUCAGUGUCUGCAAUACAUCUGUCGGAUGAUGGCGCCACUCCACAUCAAUUAUUUUGUUUUCUGUCUCAUAACAUAUCUUUUCAUCAAUUUACUCACUUACGAUCGCUUACAUUACAUUGUGGACCGUGUAAAUCGGUUCAAAAAUCAAUUCUAUCGGAAUUAUGUCACUUAUCUUCGGAUUUAACUGAUUUGAGUCUAACCUUUGACGAUAAACCUUAUUUUCAUGGCGAAGAAAGUAUUCUUCCUUUCGUGAACAGUAUUUGGAGUCUUCCUAACCUUACCAAAUGCUACUUAUGCAUAGAAGAUUUGCCCGUAUCAACAAUCGUUUCAUUAUCUCUUACAGAUCUUACUAUUAAACGUGGUUCAUAUUCUCUUGACAAAAUUUCUCUGUUAUUCAAACAUACACCACACCUUAAAAAUCUUACUAUUCCAUCGGUGCAACUCAAUCCGGAUAAUCAAAUUGAACUACCCGUUGUCCCAUCACUAAACAUGUUAAAUACUAUAUUUAUUGCAUCGGAAGAAAAUAUGGUAGCAAAAUUUGUGGAAAAAAUGCCAAAUUUAUGUCAUUUAACAUUUCGUACGUUUGGUCUUUGCAUUGAUGGACAUCAAUUAGAAAAAAUAAUCGGUCAAAAUUUACCCAACCUGAAAGUACUGGAGUUCCGAAUGAGUCUCACACCUGAUAGACAUCUCGAUAUAAAAACACAAGUUGAUCGAUUACUCGAACCAUUUCAAAAUCCAUUUUGGAUUGAUGAACAUCGAUGGUUUAUUCAAUGUCAUUGGAUAUCAAGUAUGGACAAUGUUUAUCUCUACACUUUGCCAUACGCAUUCGAUUAUUUUGAUUUUCAUCAAUCUCUUCAAUCAAAAUCUAUUCUUAUUUAUGAUGAUGAUUUUUAUCAAUCAUAUAAUCAUGUACAUGAUCUAAUAGUACAUAGUCCCUCGGAACAGAAUGGCUUAGAUUUGAUUAAUAUUCGCUUUAACAACGUUCGUUAUCUUUUAAUCGACUCUCUUCUCAAUAAUCACUUUUUGUCCAUUAUCCCAAACUUGAAUCAUUUGGUUUACCUUGAUAUAACAAUAUUUAAUAAUGAUCCACGAUAUAAAAGUCAAUUACAAAAUUUACUCAAUCGAGCACCUCGUCUGUAUUCGUUACGUUUCGGUACAGGUAUGUCACCUUCUAAAUUCUGUGAAAAACUAGUUAUCAAUCUUAGAAGUUCAUCAGUGCGUCGAUUGAUUUUAAGAGACGUCCGACGCCAAUGGUACAAUAAUUUGCAAUGUGCUCUAUUGAGUCACUCAUCAUUAGGCGAACAAUGUGAAAUACUUGAAAUUGAUGUCGAAAAUGAGACAUGCAUAUACGAUCUUGUCGAUUCAAUGGUCAAUCUUCGAGCGUUAUAUGUUCGAUCAUGGAUAACAUCAGCUAAUAGUGCGACUGAAAAUGCAGCUGGUUUUGUACCAUACUAUGAUAAUAACGAAGUGAUUAAAACAUUUGUUAUGAUAACAGAUGAAGAAGAAAAUGCGGAUGCUUUAUUAACUGAUGGUACAUCAACACGAUUCUUUGAUUUAUAA